CUCAACUUUAUCAAUUAUCAAGCCCAUGGCCCUGGUCAUGGGCCGUUUACAGUGGGUUGCUGACCCAUUGCAUAUUACAUUAUCCAUUUCGACACGCUUCUGUCCCAGUUCGUCCGCCGGACCCGCUCCCCCCUUGAGAGCCUACUCGUCCGUCGUGGCGUCCUUCAAGUAUUACUGAUACUACACAAUUAUCCUCGUCCCUUUAUAUAGCCUCUGGCAUCUGUUGUUUACAAUGAAGGACAUCAUCAGAGACGCCUGGCUUGGCCAAGCCAUCAGGCUCAUUUUCAACAACAAAUACCUUCAAUAUCCUGAGGAAGAGGACAGCUUCCAAUGGCCCUUGCCGGGAACCAGCGAACCAGAGAAAGAACAACACCAAUCUACCGCUGCAGCCAACCAAGGUACUCAAACCUCCCAAGGUUCGUCCGAAGAAGACGUUACCUUGCAAGAAAAGCAAGACGACCAUAUUGCGAGACGAUCUGUUGAAGAUCAAACAGUGCACCGGCUCGAGAGCAGGCGCACCGUGGCAGAUCACAGUGCAGAUGUCGAACGUAUCUUGACCAGGACAUCUAGCUAUCGAUUCAGCGCCGAACGUCUUGAAGAGGAGCGUGAAAUGCAGAUACAAAGGACCAAAAGCGUCCCAAUCGCUCCGACCAAAACUUCGGAUGGCAACAUUCUAGUCACUUGGUACACUACAGAUGAUCCCGAGAAUCCACAGAACUGGAGCAGAGGCAAGAAAUACUUUGUCCUCUUUCAGCUCGCGAUUUAUACGUGUUCCGUCUAUGCUUCGUCGAGCAUGUAUGUUGCUGGUUCAGAAGGCGUCAUGAAUGAAUUUGGUGUCGGCCAUGCUGCAGCUUCUUUAGGUCUAGCAAUCUUUGUCGUUGGCUAUGGUGUUGGCCCUCUUCUAUUCGCUCCUCUGAGUGAAAUAGCACGCUUCGGAAGAAACCUGGCUUAUAUUCCAACAUUCUUUCUCUUCGUGAUCUUAUCCAUCCCGACUGCCGUCGUUGGGAAUUAUGGUGGACUUCUCGUACUUCGUUUCCUCCAGGGGUUCUUUGGCAGCCCAUGUCUUGCGAAUGGCGGUGCCACAGUUGGCGAUAUGUUUGGACUUCUUGAGCUUCCCAUCUACCUAUCCACCUGGACAGGCGCAGCAUUUUGGGGACCAGCACUGGGCCCGGCCAUUGCGGGCUUCGCCGUUCAGGCCAAGGGAUGGAGAUGGGCCCUUUGGGAGAUUGUUUGGUUCACAGGGCCAAUCUUUGUUCUAUUCUUCAUUGCCUUUCCUGAGACAUCAUCCGACAAUAUCUUACGGCGACGAGCAGCACGACUUCGGAAGCGGUUGAAUCGAACGGACCUGAAAGCGCAGUCUGAGAUUGACCAAGCCGACCUAACAUUCUCCAAGAUCUUCUGGGAUGCCAUCAUCAAGCCUAUCGAGAUCUUUAUCAAAGAUCCCGCGAUCACUUACGUCAAUCUCUAUACGUCGUUGAUUUACGGCAUUUACUAUUCCUUCUUCGAGGUCUUUCCCCUCGUUUACCCGCCGUAUUAUGGAUUCAAUCUCGGAGAGACUGGACUGACGUUCCUUACCAUUGGCAUUGCUUGUCUGAUCGGUGUUGCCAUUUUCAAUGUCUACCAAGUCAAGUAUCUUAUCCCCGACAUCAUGAAGCGUGGGUUAAGAGCACCUGAACAUCGUCUUGUGCCGGCUCUGUUCGCCGCAAUUACGGCACCGGCAGGAUACUUUAUGUUCGGCUGGACGGCUCGAUCUUCGAUUCAUUGGAUCGUCAACAUGAUUGGCGUCGUCAUUCUGGUUGGGUCUAAUUUCAUCAUCUUCCAGUGUAUCUUUGUGUACAUUCCUCUCUCAUACCCACAAUAUACGGCAUCCUUGUUCGCCGCCAACGACAUUUCUCGAGCUCUGUUUGCCGCUGGCGCCGUUAUGUUCUCGAGACCGAUGUUCAUAAGCCUCGGCAUCGGUAAAGGUGUCAGUCUCCUCGCUUCGGUCCUCUCAGUGAUGGGGGUGGGCGGUAUGUUUUUCCUAUGGCUGUAUGGUGCCAAGUUGAGAGCCCGAAGUACCUUUGCGGCUAAGUAAGAGGUGGUCCUAAUACCUAAUUACUAAGUACUUAAUGUAAUCUGGC